GAGAGUGAAAGGACAAAUGACUGAGAGACUGCCCCCUCCCACUGGUGCGGGCGUGCGGGGGUCGGAUGGGGGACCGCGGAGGAGGGAGGUGGCCAGCAGGUGCCUGGGCUCCAGGCCCCUACCCCCACCCCUCGUCCCCAUCCUCACCCACACCCACACCCAGGGAUUGGCCUCGCCCCCUGGCGGGCGAGCGGUAGGUGUCGAGGCAGUGGGGUGGGGGGUGCAAACCCCGCGGGCAGCGGAAAAGAGGCCGUGGGGGGCCUCCUGGCCCCGGCAGACACCGUAAGGCUGGCACCCGCCAACACGCACACCCAGUCCGCAGCCCCGAGGAAUAUGUCCGCAGCCAGGGCGCGGAGCAGAGUCCCGGGCAGGAGAACCAAGGGAGGGCGUGUGCUGUGGCGGCGGCGGCAGCGGCAGCGGCAGCGGAGCCGCUAGUCCCCUCCCUCCUGGGGGAGCAGCUGCCGCCGCUGCCGCCGCCGCUGCCGCCGCCGCCGCCGCCGCCACCACCACCAUCAGCGCGCGGGGCCCGGCCGGAGCGCGCCGGGCGAGCGGCGCGCUAGGGGGAGGGCGGGGGCGGGGAGGGGGGUGGGCGAAGGGGGCGGGAGGGCGUGGGGGGAGGGUCUCGCUCUCCCGACUACCAGAGCCCGAGAAGGAGACCCUGGCGGCGGCGGCGGCGGCGGCGCCUGACACUCGGCGCCUCCUGCCGUGCUCCGGGGCAGCAUGUCCGAGGCUGGCGGGGCCGGGCCGGGCGGCUGCGGGGCAGGGGCCGGGCCCGGGGCGCUGCCGCCCGCGCCCCCGCAGGGCUCCCCCUGCGCCGCUGCCGCGGGGGGCUCGGGCGCCUGCGGUCCGGCGACGGCAGUGGCUGCAGCGGGCACGGCCGAAGGACCGGGAGGCGGUGGCUCGGCCCGAAUCGCCGUGAAGAAAGCGCAACUACGCUCCGCUCCGCGGGCCAAGAAACUGGAGAAACUCGGAGUGUACUCCGCCUGCAAGGCCGAGGAGUCUUGUAAAUGUAAUGGCUGGAAAAACCCUAACCCCUCACCCACUCCACCCAGAGCCGAUCUGCAGCAAAUAAUCGUCAGUCUAACAGAAUCCUGUCGGAGUUGUAGCCAUGCCCUAGCUGCUCAUGUUUCCCACCUGGAGAAUGUGUCAGAGGAAGAAAUGAACAGACUCCUGGGAAUAGUGUUGGAUGUGGAAUAUCUCUUUACCUGUGUCCACAAGGAAGAAGAUGCAGAUACCAAACAAGUUUAUUUCUACCUAUUUAAGCUCUUGAGAAAGUCUAUUUUACAAAGAGGAAAACCUGUGGUUGAAGGCUCUUUGGAAAAGAAACCCCCAUUUGAAAAACCUAGCAUUGAACAGGGUGUGAAUAACUUUGUACAGUACAAAUUUAGUCACCUGCCAGCAAAAGAAAGGCAAACAAUAGUUGAGUUGGCAAAAAUGUUCCUAAACCGCAUCAACUAUUGGCAUCUGGAGGCACCAUCUCAACGAAGACUGCGAUCUCCCAAUGAUGAUAUUUCUGGAUACAAAGAGAACUACACAAGGUGGCUGUGUUACUGCAAUGUGCCACAGUUCUGCGACAGUCUACCUCGGUACGAAACCACACAGGUGUUUGGGAGAACAUUGCUUCGCUCGGUCUUCACUGUUAUGAGGCGACAACUCCUGGAACAAGCAAGACAGGAAAAAGAUAAACUGCCUCUUGAAAAACGAACUCUAAUCCUCACUCAUUUCCCAAAAUUUCUGUCCAUGCUAGAAGAAGAAGUUUAUAGUCAAAACUCUCCCAUCUGGGAUCAGGAUUUUCUCUCAGCCUCUUCCAGAACCAGCCAGCUAGGCAUCCAAACAGUUAUCAAUCCACCUCCUGUGGCUGGGACAAUUUCAUACAAUUCAACCUCAUCUUCCCUUGAGCAGCCAAAUGCAGGGAGCGGCAGUCCUGCCUGCAAAGCCUCUUCUGGACUUGAGGCAAACCCAGGAGAAAAGAGGAAAAUGACUGAUUCUCAUGUUCUAGAGGAGGCCAAGAAACCCCGAGUUAUGGGGGAUAUUCCGAUGGAAUUAAUCAACGAGGUUAUGUCUACCAUCACGGACCCUGCAGCAAUGCUUGGACCAGAGACCAACUUUCUGUCAGCACACUCUGCCAGGGAUGAGGCGGCAAGGUUGGAAGAGCGCAGGGGUGUAAUUGAAUUUCACGUGGUUGGCAAUUCCCUCAACCAGAAACCAAACAAGAAGAUCCUGAUGUGGCUGGUUGGCCUACAGAACGUUUUCUCCCACCAGCUGCCCCGAAUGCCAAAAGAAUACAUCACACGGCUCGUCUUUGACCCGAAACACAAAACCCUUGCUUUAAUUAAAGAUGGCCGUGUUAUUGGUGGUAUCUGUUUCCGUAUGUUCCCAUCUCAAGGAUUCACAGAGAUUGUCUUCUGUGCUGUAACCUCAAACGAGCAAGUCAAGGGCUAUGGAACACACCUGAUGAAUCAUUUGAAAGAAUAUCACAUAAAGCAUGACAUCCUCAACUUCCUCACAUAUGCAGAUGAAUAUGCAAUUGGAUACUUUAAGAAACAGGGUUUCUCCAAAGAAAUUAAAAUACCUAAAACCAAAUAUGUUGGCUAUAUCAAGGAUUAUGAAGGAGCCACUUUAAUGGGAUGUGAGCUAAAUCCACGGAUCCCUUACACAGAAUUUUCUGUCAUCAUUAAAAAGCAGAAGGAGAUAAUUAAAAAGCUGAUUGAAAGAAAACAGGCACAGAUUCGAAAAGUUUACCCUGGACUUUCAUGUUUUAAAGAUGGAGUUCGACAGAUUCCUAUAGAAAGCAUUCCUGGAAUUAGAGAGACAGGCUGGAAACCGAGUGGAAAAGAGAAAAGUAAAGAGCCCAGAGACCCUGACCAGCUUUACAGCACGCUCAAGAGCAUCCUCCAGCAGGUGAAGAGCCAUCAAAGCGCUUGGCCCUUCAUGGAACCUGUGAAGAGAACAGAAGCUCCAGGAUAUUAUGAAGUUAUAAGGUUCCCCAUGGAUCUGAAAACCAUGAGUGAACGCCUCAAGAAUAGGUACUACGUGUCUAAGAAAUUAUUCAUGGCAGACUUACAGCGAGUCUUUACCAAUUGCAAAGAGUACAACCCCCCUGAGAGUGAAUACUACAAAUGUGCCAAUAUCCUGGAGAAAUUCUUCUUCAGUAAAAUUAAGGAAGCUGGAUUAAUUGACAAGUGAUUUUUUUCCCCUCUGCUUCUUAGAAACUCAUCAAGCAGUGUGCCUAAAGCAAGGUGGUUUAGUUUUUUACAAAGAAUUGGACAUGAUGUAUUGAAGAGACUUGUAAAUGUAAUAAUUAGCACUUUUGAAAGACAAAAAACCUCCUUUUAGCUUUUCAGAUAUGUAUUUAAAUUGAAGUCAUAGGACAUUUUUAUUUUAUGGAAUAGAUUUUAAUCUAUUUACUACUAUUAAGGUAAAUUUUCUAUGGCAUGUCCAUUAGCUGACUAUUUCAUGAUAGAUGAUUAGGGGUUUCCUCAAAACCUGUGUGUAAGGAAAUUGCACAUAGUAGCAAAAUUUGGAGAAAUCCAUAAAAUUUUCAGACCGUGAAUGAAUGUUUCCAUUUUUUUCUAAUGGAAUGUGAGAGUUUAUUUUUAUUUUAUUCUGAAGGACUUUAAGGAAGGGAUACAUGAUUUUAAAAAAGCCUGUAAGAGGUGAAAUAUGUGACGUUUGAAGUCUCUUUAUAGACUUUUUAUAUAUAUUUUUUAAAACACUCAUCUAGAUGAGGUGCUUUGAGCAGUUCUGAAAAAUGCAGUUCCAGGAAAGCAACUGCUUUGGUUCCUAAGGAAGAAAUUCUAAAUAAUGCAAACUUUUUAAAUAAGCAUCUAGGUUUUUGAUAAUUCUGUCUACCUACAACAAACUUGUUAGUACAUAACCACUAUUUUAAUAAUUAUUUUCUCUACACAAAUGUGUAAUAUCAUAUUUGACUUUGCUUAUGCAGGCCAUAAGUUCCAAAAGAUAAUUUCCCUGCCCACAAAGGCAUAAACUUGAAAACACAUGAGAUUGAAUCAACAUGCUUUAAUAGGAAAAGAUGUGUGGUCUAUAUAUGUAUCAAUCUGGUGAAUGCUCAUUCUAAUAAAGGUUCUUUUUCUUUUCUAUGAUACACACAGCCACACUUAUAAUAUGUAAAUGAACAUUUUUUUGUCUCUCCAGAUUAUGUUUAUUGUCUGAGGUAAAUUAAAUUCCCACCAGGGUUUGCUGUCAGUAUUUUAACACCCAUAUUAGUAUAUGGGUCCAGGGUCAUAACCCCCUAAAAUCCAUCAUGCAACCUUAUUAAUCUGUCUUGGGAUUCCAGUUUAGUGCUUGGAUUUAUUUCCUGAUUACACUACAUAGAAAAGUGAGACAUCUGCCAACCCAACUCUGGGAAAACCAACUAAUAUACAACCAUAUAAAGGAAGGCCAUCUUGAUGGUCUCAACACUAAUUUUUAUGAUGCAAAUUUAUAAACUGAUUUUUGUAAAGGACAAAGUUUUAAAAGCGUAUUUAACUUGAUGUUUUCUAUCAGCAUAAAUAAAAUGGUCAUGAAUAGUCAUUAAAAACAGUUGCCAGUGAUAAUCUGCAUGAAGGAAAAAGAACCCUGCAAAUGGCUAUUGAGUUGGAAGUAUUGUUUUUGAUAUGUAAGAGAUAUUCAGAAUGCUCACACUGAAAAUGCCUCAACUUUUUAAAGUAUAAGAAACCACCAUGAGUGGUGUCUAGAUUUCUAAUGAAGAAUCAUGAUACAGUUUGGAUUAAGUAUCUUGGACUGGUUUUAAACAGUGCUUUGUACUGGAUCUGCUGAAGCAUCUGUCCAGCUGGUAUCCUGUGAAAGUUUGUUAUUUUCUGAGUAGACAUUCUUAUAGAGUAUUGUCUUUAAAAUCAGAUUGUCUCUUCUAUAUUGAAAGCAUUUUUAUGUUUUCUAAUUUAAAAAUUAAUAUUUUCUUAUAGAUACUGUGCAAUAAAGCUGAAGUAGAAUGUGUGGUUUUUGCAAAUGCUUUAACAGCUGAUAAAAUUUUACAUUUGUAAAAUUAAUAUAUUGUACUGGUACAAAAUAGUUUUAAAUUAUAUUUUAAAGAGCUUCCAA